UCGAGAUGUGCCAAUGCAUUCCAAUCCUCGCAUCAAUAUAUGCGAUAAGCCUGGGCUCUCCAUACAGUUCCUCUGCUGAUGAGUAUUAAUACUCCCUGCAACCCCUUCCCAAGGGGUGCUGUGAUCCCCAGGUACAACGAACGGUAAAAUUAUAACGAUUCAAAACAAGCCGCAGCUGGCAAAAUGUCCAUUCAAGACGCCUGGGAGGCGUGCGACAAAAUCGACACCCUCUUCAUCCUUGUUUGCUCCGUCUUCUGUUGGCUUAUCAUACCGGCAGUCGGGCUGGCAUACUCCGGGUAUUCAACUCGGUUCAACAGCCUCGCCUCAUUCUAUCCUGGCCUCCUAGCUGUAGCUGUCUGUUCGGUGCAGUGGUGGAUGGUUGGCUACUCCCUGGCGUAUAGCGAUGGCAAUCCUUUCAUCGGCGAUCUUUCCAAAGCGUUCCACAUCGGUGUGCUCUCCGAGCCCGUUGGGACCAUCCCCGAGAUUUUGUUCUCAGAGUUCCAGCUUAUAUUCUGUGCAACCGUCUGUGCUAUCGCUAUUGGUGGCGCCUGUGAGCGCGGUCGGCUUCUUCCAUUAAUUCCCUUCAUAUUUCUCUGGAGUACCUUCAUUUAUGCGCCUCUCGCCCACAUGGUGUGGUCGGGAAACGGCUUCCUCGCGCAACUCGGGGCCCUCGACUUCGCUGGCGGCACGCCCGUCCACAUCUGCAGCGGCGCCACAGCGACUGCCAUGAGCAUUUACCUUUCAUACCCUCUCUUCCGAUCGCGUCGCUCCACCAAACGCACCCCUCAACACCUUCGCCUUCACAAACCCCAUAACUCUAUUUGCCAGCUGCUGGCCUUGAUGAUCAUCUGGAAUGCCUGGCUUGCCUUUGACGCCGGAACCACUCUCUCCUUAAACUUCAAGAGUAUCAUGGCCGCCUGUGUGACGAAUCUCUGCGCUGCGUCCGGUGCCCUUACUUGGGCGGGUAUCACAUACUGGGAAACUGGCAAAUUCAGCCUAGACAGCACGUUCUUAGGCGCCAUCGCUGGGCUGGUCCUGAUUACACCCAGCGCGGGCUUUAUCGAUCUCAAUACCUCAAUUGCGUUGGGUGUUGUUGGUGCUCUCGCCGGACGCCAGGCAUUGCGGAUCAAGUUCACCAAGGCGGCGGCGCUGUGGCGUUGGGUGGAUAACGGUGAUACCUUCGCAACGCACUGCCUGGGCGGCCUGCUGGGCACAUUGGCAACGGGUCUUUUUGCGCAGAAGGCAGUUGCCGCCUACGAUGGCGUGACAGAAAUUCCAGGGGGCUGCUUCUUCGAUGGCAAUUGGCGACAACUAGGAGUUCAGCUGGUUGAGGCUUUGGUUGGAUUUACGUGGAGUUUUGUAGGCAGUUACGUCCUCUAUGCGCUAGUGGAUUGUGUUCCUGGACUUGAAGUUCUCGCAACCGACGAGGAUAUCAUCGCCGGGAUGGAUGCAUCGCAGAUGGACGAAUCUUUGCACCAGGCACAAUGGGCCGGCGAAGAGGACUACCACCCAUUCCAUGCGGAAAUCCAAAUAUAAUUAAAGCUAUGCAAUUUUGCUUUUUUUUUUUUCUCUUGUACAGUAUAUCACGUCG